UUAAACGGAUGCAUAUUCGGAUCGGAUUUUAAACGGAUCGGAUAUACAAUUACCAGAUCCGUAUCCGUUUAGUAAUCGGAUAUCCUUAAUCGGAUACGGAUAAUAUCCGUUUAAAACAGAUGCGGAUAUUUCCUCUUUAAACGGAUACGGAUGCGGACGGUAAUCGGAUUUUCGGCUAUCCGUUUACAGCCCUAGAGUUAUGCGACUUAAAUGUUCUAUGAGUAUAAUAUAACUAGACUUUUAUGUGUCACAGUGGACGGGAGCUAUUCAUGUCAGACUCGAGCUACUUCGUGGAUGAUAUUGGAGCAUACGAUAAGUAUGACAGGGAAGAAGAGUCAAAUGUCACUGAGCGAAAGGUUGACAAUGGUAGCUCAAAGGAUGAGGCAAGCUGCUCAACCUCAGCACCAAGCACAUCCAAUGCCGAAGAUGUUCUUGAUGGGGACGACGAUGACGAUGAUGAUUUGGAUGAUGACGAGUUGAAUGAGUUGGAGGCGAGUCUUGCAAAAACAACAUUACAGAUCAACGAACCUGGUGGUCAUGCAUGAGGCAAGAUACUGAAUUGGUGAUAUCAGUGUUGCUUUUUUGAGAUUAUUCUCAUUGUUCUGAUCGAUCUGGAGGACUAUGAUUUUUGGCACUCCACAUUUCAUUUCUUUAUCACGGAGUAUCUUCCCAAUCUUUUUUUUUGCAUUCCAAAAUGACACUAAUGGAUUUAGGCAUGAAUGGGAAUUUCAGAAUAUGGUCCUCGGGUCAUAUCACACUGGAAGCCAAUCUUUGGAUUUGCAUCUGUGCAUAACCUUUUAGAUUUGCAUCUGUGUGAAAAACUUGAUAGUUUUGUGCUUUUGACAAUGUCUUCGCGUCGAAGUAAAUAACAGACUUUUUU